UUUCUGUUAAAUGAAUAUCAUCUAAAUAAUUUAUCUAUAUAUACACCUCAGUUAAAUAGAAACGCUACAACAACAUCAUCACAUUCACAAUCUCAUAUAACUCAUACUAUAUAAGAAUGGCUGGAUCUCUUAGAUUUAAUCAUCACUUCCUCACAUCUCUUCUCAUUACCAUUACGAUAACCACGCUCAAGUCGGUCCAUACAGCAACAACAACAAACACGGAGUUCGUAAAAUCAUCAUGCAAAUUCACAACAUAUCAAAAACUCUGUGUCACUUCACUCUCAACUCAAUCCAGUCUCAUCCAAACCAGCCACAAACUCAUGGCUCACGCGGCUCUCAACAUCACAUUAGCCUCGGUUAAAGCCACAUCAGCAAUGAUGGUGCGUCUCUCGAGUAGUCAGCUCAAGCCCAGAGAAGUCUCGGCCAUGAGAGACUGCGUUGAGGAGCUAGGUGACACGUUGGCGGAGCUUAGGAAAUCGAUAGGUGAGAUGGGUCUGUUAAGUGGCUCGAACUACGAAAUCUACAUGAGUGAUAUUCAGACUUGGGUUAGCGCGGCUCUGACCGAUGAGAACACGUGCUCGGAUGGUUUUGGAGGAGCUGACAUGAAUGGGAAAGUCAAGGAUUUGGUUAGAGGGAGGAUUUUGGUUAUUGCUCAUCUAACGAGUAAUGCUUCAGCUUUGAUUAAUCACUUUGCUUAUAUUCAUGGCUAGAGAGACUAAUAUAUUUUUUAGUUUCUUUUUAUCGAAAAUUUCUGUUGCUUUUGUCAGUUUGUGUAUAUAACAAAUAGUAAUAGUACAAUGUAUCGCUCGUCUUUAAGAUUCCGGAAUCAAUAUGUACCAGAAAAUAUUCAAUAUUUUUUCUUUGCUAUCCAA